AUCGAGACGCCGAGGAAACCCUCGCGCGCCUCCGCCGCCGACCAUGGCGGGCGCUCUCGCAAUCGCCGCCGCCGCCGGUUCUUACGAUCGCGAUUGGGCGGGGCUGCCGGAGGAAAUACUCCUGAUGUUCAUGCGGGAGCUGGAGAUCCCCGACCUCGUCCGCUCAGGUGCUGUCUGCGCCUCGUGGCAUGCUGUUUACCUAGCCGUCCGCCGCCAUCGCUUCCCCCUUCCGAUCCCCCGGAAUCAGCUGCCCUGCCUGCUCUACGCAUGCCGCGAUUCCGCCGCAGACGGCGCCGUCGUCCGCUGCCCCUUCACCGGUGAUUCCGUCCGAGUCCCCCUUCCGCUGCCCCCGCUCACCCGCCAUUCCACGGUCGGCUCCGCGCACGGCUGGCUCGUCACCGCCGACGAGGCCUCGAACCUCCACCUUCUCAAUCCCAUCACGGGCGCCCACGCCGCGCUCCCGCCCAUCUCCACUCUCCACCACGUCGAGAGCUGCGCCGACGCCGAAGGCCGCCUCAUGUACAACGUCUUCGACAGGGGCGAUCCCGAGCCGACGCCCUUGGACGCGCGCGAGGCCAGGGACUGCAUGUACCACCGUGUCACGCUCUCCUGCAGCCCGUCAGCUGGGAGCGCUUGCAUCGUGCUGCUGGUGCACAUGCCGGUCGGCGAGCUCUCUUAUGCCCGGCUCGGCGACAAGCGGUGGACGUGGAUCUCCCCCGACGACCACCAGCUCAUGAGCAUCAGCUGGGGCUUCAUGGACUCUUUCUACAACGAGGAUGAUGGUUUGUUCUAUGUGCUUCGCAGCCACAGGUCCGUCUUCACCCUGAAUUUCAAUGGGCCAUCCCUUGUUGUCAAAAAGAUCAUGCGAAGAGUUAGGAAGGGAGAUGAUCCUUCUAGCAUGUACAUCCUGCAAGCUCCAUGGGGUGAUAUUUUGCAAAUAUGGAGGUGGAGGAGCUACACUGACUCGUCAACACCUGUGGAGCUUCCUAGAGAUCUGCUGGGUCACAACGAAGAUGAGAUAGACCGGUAUAUUGAGCUGAGAACAACUGAAAUAAGGUCUAUAAGGUUGACCUUGAGAACCAGGCACUUGGGAAGUUGACAAGCUUAGCGAAUCAUGCACUAUUCCUUGGUUAUAAUAGCACCAUGUGUUUCGCCACGAAAGAUUUCCCAGCACUGAAGCCGAACUGUGUCUAUAUCACAGAUGACCCUCUUGAGUAUGUCAACAUGUGUAAGCAUAACUGGCGACAAAAGCGGAGUUUGGGAUAUAGAAAACAAGAGCCUGCAGACUUUUGAUAGUGAUUUGCUUACUAAUUCCUGGAUGAACUGGCCUUCUCCGGUUUGGAUAACACCCUCCCUUUUCUAGUACUCAACUAGCAGAGAAAGGCGCACAAAAUUGAAAAUUCUAAUUACAAAUGGAUUUUUUCAGCUCUGUUAAACAACAAUCUAGAGCUCAAGUAUGUAUGCAUUGGACCCUAAAGACUUGAAGCCAUUGAAUAGCUGCUGCGAUGCUCAGAUUUCUGUUUUUGGUUCUAAGCUUCAGAAGAAGAUGCGAGACUCUAAUAUUUUUGUUGUGGGAUCUGGUGCUCUUGGAUGUGAAUUCUUGAAGAACUUUGCUUUAAUGGGGCUUUCUUGUGGCUGUAAAGCAUUUACAUUAUGGAAGAUAGAAAACAUAUAUGGGCAAAUAUGGGCUAACUAUAACAGAUGAUAAUGUCAUUGAGAAAAGCAACUUGAGCCGGCAAUUCUGUUUCGUGAUUGGAGCACUGGACAGGCAAAAUCUACAGUAUCCGCUACAGCUGCUAGUGCUAUCAACUCCAGCUUCCAUAUUGAUGCUUUGCAGAAUCGUGCCUGUCCAGAGACUUGUUUUCAAUGAUGCAUUCUGGGAGGGCCUUGAUGCUGUCAUCAAUGCACUUGAUAAUGUAAAUGCCAGGAUGUACAUGGACAUGGGAUGCCUGUACUUCCAGAAACCACUCUUGGAAUCUUGAACGCUGGGUCCAGAAACAGAUGGUGAUUCGUGACCUUACUGAAAACUAUGGAGCUUCACGAGAUCCUCCUGAGAAACAGGCACCAAUGUGCACAGUUCAUUAUUUUCCGCACAAUAUUGAGCAUUGUCUAACGUGGGCUCGCUCAGAAUUUGAGGGUCUCUGCUAGAGAAAACUCCAAAUGAAGUGAACUCAUUUAUGUAUAAUCCUGCUGAAUAUGCUGCUGCUAUGAGAAAGGCAGGUGAUGCUCAAGCCAGGGCAUUGUUGGAGCGUGUACGUGAAUGCCUUGACAAGGAGCGAUGCGAUAGAAGACUGCAUAGCCUGGGCAAGACUGAAGUUUGAAGAUUACUUCUCUAAUCGUGUGAAGCAGCUAACAUUCACGUUUCCUCAAGAUGCUGCCACUAGCACUGGUGCUCCUUUCUGGUCUGCCCUUAAGCGUUUCCCUUGCCCGGUGCAAUUCUCAGCUGUCGAUUCAUCUCACAUUCAAUUUAUACUGUCUGCUUCCAUAUUGAGAACGGUGUCUUUUGGGAUCCCCAUACCGGACUGGGUGAAUAAUGGAUAAUCCGGCUGAUAUAGUAAAUAAGGUUGCAGUGCGUGAAUUUGAGCCAAAGAGUGGGGUUAAGAUUGAAACAUAUGAGAAGGCUACUAACCUCCAGUGCCUCAGUUGAUGAUGCUGCUGUUAUCUAAGACCUUUUAACUACCUUCAGGAUUCCAAAUGAAGUCUAUUGAGUUUUAGAAGGUUGGCCUCAUUUUAACUACUUCUGAUGUGUUAGAAUAAGACUUUUUUUCUUUGCCCUGGUUAUUUACAAAAAUCCUUACCCGUUUCACACUGAAAGCAAACAUGCAUAACUAAUGCAUAGGUG